AUGAAAACAUUUGAAAAUUUUCCAAGCGAAUGUCUUCGAGAAAUAUUCUUGUGUUUAGAAGAUGAUUACUUGGAACUCUAUAAUUGUUUGCUUGUUAAUCGUUUUUGGUGUCAACAAGUCGUUCCUCUAUUAUGGAGAGACCCUUUUCGCAAUCUACCAUACAUCACAGGCGAACGUGCAGACAGAUUUUCACAUUCUUUAUGUGGAAGCUAUAUCUCGGCGUUAAAUGAAGAUGAGCUAAAUAUUAUGCAUUCGCAUGACCGCCGCCAUAACCUUCCAGCACCAUCAUUUCAGUAUUCUUUAUAUUUAAGGAAACUUAUUUUUUCAGACAUCCAGACAAUAGUAAUGAGUUGGUUUAAAAUUAGAAUGUCACAUGUGAAAUCUGAUCACAAUGAUUCUCCCAGGAUUAAACUAAUCACGGCUGCCAUUAUUCGAUUGAUCUUGAGAACUAGUUGUUUAAGGGAAGUGGAAAUUUCCGAUCACUUUAUUACCAGAGGCAUUCUCGAAAGCAUUCCAUCUUCUUCCUAUCAACAAGCCUUUUCACAGUUGCGCAAUUUGAAAGUUCAUGUGGGUUCUUUCCCAAGUUUUGCAGGGUUAUUAAAAGAUCUACCAAAGUUAUGUACUCACCUUGAAGAAAUAGAAUAUGUGAUCGAAAGAAGCGCUUCACAUUUUGAGAUCAUAGACUCAUCGGUCAAUAUCAUGUCCGCGCAACGUAAUUUGAAAAAGGUUUCCAUGAAUAUUGCUUGCUCAAGCAUGCAGGGAAAGAUUCUAUCCGCCGUAAAUCUCCACAAAGAAUCCCUAAUUUCGCUUUCCUUAACUGACAUUGAUCUCUCGAUCGUAAAUCUAAAUAGAAUCGCUGAAUGCACAAGACUGGAAUCCUUGUGUUUCUAUAGUUGUCGUGGAAUCAUCACGAACGGCUGUAGAAAGCUUUUGCGAUCAUCAUCGAUCCAGCUUAAAAGUUUGACCUUUGAAAAGAAUCAAUUUUCGGAUGAGAAUUUGAUAGCGACACUUGUCGAGAAAGCGGGAAAAUCAUUGUUGAAUUUGAGCGUUGAUGAGUUGUCAGUUGAGAUAGUAGAUGCGCUAGUUAAAUUCUGCCCCAAAAUAGAAGAACUCACGUUAUUUUAUGAAUUUCAAGAUCUUGAUGCAUUUUUACGAUAUUUCAAAAAGUCCUCAAUAAACCGAUUUACCAUCAUCUCAGAUAUCAUGAGUGAUGCGACCAUUAUCUUAAACGUCUUGGGCAAACACAUUCCUCCUAAUUUAGAGACCAUAAAUAUUUGUGGCUAUUUUGACCCGGAAUCAUUUGAAAAGUUUCUAUCCGAUUACUCGCAUUCACCAUCUACCUCCUUGAGGAACUUUUUCAUUAAGGAUUUCGAUGGUCAUUCCGCGAAAUAUCUCAAGGCGCUCAAGGAUUAUGCAAGAUUUAAGAAUACACUGAAGUCAGUGAUUAUAGAACCCGGACUGGGUAUUACAGAUGAGGUAUUGGAUGUUGCGCAAAGUAUUAAAGAAUUGGGGAUCGACGUUUCUUUUCUAAAUCAUUUGUCCUCUAUUGAUGUUUGUGCUUUACGGGAGUCUUUGACACUUUGA